CCUCAUUUCUGAUUCUGUCUUUUUGAUUGCACUUGUCGUUUGUAGUACUUUUGCAGUGCUUUUGCUGUGUUAAGGAAUCUACUCGUAGUGAAAUGUGUCAAUUUUUUCAACUUCCUUUAACAAAUCUUAAGUAUUUAUGAGAUUAUGCUUUGAAAGUCGAAUGCAAUUCGUUUCUCGAGAUGGUAUUAUCGCUUCUGUAGUGCUGAUAAUGACGUGAUUGUCAAAGUUUGUGCCUUUUUCGUCGACUGUUUGGACAGUUGCACAGUUGAAAUGGCAGAGUUUUCUAAUCCUGAUUCUUCAAAUUUGCCUUUAAAUCGCCUAGUUCGUGUAGGCUAUUACAAGUUGGAGAGAACUAUCGGGAAAGGUAAUUUCGCGAUCGUGAAAUUAGCGACACACGUCGUCACCAACUCUCAGGUUGCCAUUAAAAUAAUUGACAAAACCAAACUGGAUGAGGAUAAUUUGAAGAAUAUCUUUAGAGAAAUCAAAAUAAUGUCUGUUUUACAUCACCCUCACAUUAUUCGAUUAUAUCAAGUCAUGGAAACAAACAAAGUCAUUUAUUUAGUCACUGAAUACGCUAGUGGUGGAGAGAUCUUUGAUCAUUUAGUUGCGAAUGGAAGUAUGAGUGAAAAAGAGGCAUGCCGCAUGUUUCAUCAGAUACUCUCCGCCAUAAGUUACUGUCAUCACAAGAAAAUUGUUCACAGAGAUAUUAAGGCUGAAAACUUACUAUUAGAUGAAAACAUGAAUAUAAAACUAGCAGAUUUUGGAUUUAGUAAUUAUUUCGACGAUCAGCUCAUGUCAACAUGGUGUGGGUCUCCACCAUAUGCAGCUCCAGAGCUGUUCACAGGAAAAAAAUAUGACGGUCCUCGAGCUGAUAUUUGGAGUCUUGGGGUGGUCUUGUAUGUUCUAGUUUGUGGGGUCCUACCAUUUGAUGGCAAAACUCUAGAAUCAUUACGAACGCGAGUUAUCAACGGAAAAUUUCGCAUACCUUUUUUCAUGAGUGCAGACUGUGAGCAUUUAAUUAGACAUAUGUUGGUUGUGGAUCCAGAAAAAAGAUUAAGUAUAGCUCAAAUACGGAAGCAUCAGUGGAUGGCUAGGCUGAAGGAUGAUUCAGAAGAAUUAAUAUGGGAGGAUAAACCCUGUACCAACCAUCCUCCUCUAAACCAAUCUGUGAUACAGCAUAUGUUACAGCUUCCUGGACUUGAUAGAGAAAAAAUUAUAAAUUCCGUUCAGCAGUUACAAUUUGACCAUAUAAGUGCCAUUUAUCAUUUAAUUGUAGAUAAACUGCAGAAAAAUGAAUCAAAAACACCAAUCAAUAGUCACAAGCAUGAUUCGACAGAAGGGUGUGAAGAACAGGGAUUUAGUAUGCCUCUAGUAUCAAUGCCUAUGUUACCACAUCUAAGUAUGGUGCAAGAUCCUCAACUACUGGAAAAGUUUGGGGAUGUUGACAUUGAAAGUGAUAAAAAAGAUAUUCCAAAUAGUGUGGAUGAUAAAUAUCAGCUGACUACUAGGAGACAUACCGUUGGCCCUGGAGACUCAUGUCAUACUCAGUUACUGGAAACUCAUUAUUUGACUUGUGGUCAGAGAGAAAUUCCCAAUAUCCUGCCAAAUACAAAUUUACCUCUGAAUUUACCUCUUGUCCAAAAUCAGCCUCCACGAAAUUUCACAAUCAAAGACCAGCACUUGCUCAAACCUCCACCUGUCAUGGGUGCCAAUGCAAAUGGUUUUGGGAGACGCGCUUCGGAUGGCGGUGCCAAUCUCAAGAUGUAUUAUCAAAGAUUGGAUGGUGUUUGCAGUCAGCCCGGUAGUAACGAAGAGCUUCAGCUGCAGCCAGGAAGUCCAACAAUUGCGCAAAGGUCUCAGCCAUUGAAUACUUCUGCCAUUCCUAGUAUAGAGGCUAUCUCACAAGUCAGUGCUGAUUUAAUAGGAUCUAAUUCAGAAGACGUGUCUCCAGAAUUACUUUCCAGGUACAUACAAAAUUGCGGUGGCACUAAAAGACAUUCCUUAGGUUUAGGUUGCACAGAAGAAAUUUUAGGGCAGCAUCAGUCACAGUCUACUUCAAGGACCCGUCGCAGCGGACUUCUAACUGUUACCGAACGACCUCCAGUUAUCAGCCCUGAGUUAAUCCAAGAGGUGGAGACCCGAAUGAGGAGGAAAUAUACUCCUCCCCCUUUGCCUCUUCUAUCUACUUCCUUGCGUCAUCCUCGCAUCUUACCCCAAGCGCCUGUUCUUCCAACUGUUCAGGAGUCUCAGCGAGUGUCUGUUGGGCGUGAAAGUCUGAAGGAAAGUUCAUCGUCAUACUUGGUUCAAGAGAGAUAUAGUCCAGUCCGUAGAGCAAGUGAAGGCACACCGUGUAAUCAUGAAGCUUCAGAAUCCUCUCUUAAAAUUAUUCAACAAGAAUAUCAGUUACUUCAGAAGAGCAGUGGAAAUAGUCUGGACUCGAGGGUUCAAGCUGAAUUGCAGCAAAAACACAUGCAGCAUCUACUUACUGUCAAGCCCCCUUCUCCGUCCUCACCGCUUUCAGGAUUACCAUAUGUGACACAGGGCAGUAUGAAUUUGACCCACCAUAUGCAGUCAUUACACCUCCAGCAAAGCAAUUCAUCUCCCCUUAGCACUCCUAGACUAAGUCCAUCUCCUCCAUCAACCUCUCCAACUCAUGGUGCUAAUGUUGGCUCUAUAUCACAAGGCACAGCAAUUCAACAGCAAAUGAGCCCACUUGAUCUCCGAGUGACUCACUCUCCUCCUAAUUCACAGCUCCAACUGACGAUCAUUGAAGAAGAACAUAAUGGACCCCAGCGAGUUCAACUCUCAACAAAUCCUCAGAUAUCUGUGACGGACGAAUUAGGAAGUCUAGUGCCUCUAGAGGAUGACAUUCCAAUGGACUGUUGUCCUGACUCGUACAUAUCUCCUACUGAAACUGUGCCUUGUUUUGUAAUUUCCCCUUGUGAUCUCACCCAACCAUCAAUAACCCGUGGUAUUGGUAGGUCCCAAAACAGUCAUCAACACUCUAUUUCUAGCCAAGAAAGUGAGUAUCCAGAUCAGAAAAAUAGCCUUUAUUCUAAGUCCUUUCUAGAAUUCAAUGAGAAUAUUAAUGAGAAUGAGCUAAACUGCAAAAAGUUCCCAGUAUUUGCCGCUGACUUGCACAAAACUUCUAGCGGCUCUUUUGAAGUCGCUCUGUCAGACGUUUGUUCUAGACUAGGUGCUCCUGAAAUUGUAAAUUUGAUCAAGAAAGCAGUCAACGCGCAGGUGCGGCACAAUGUCCUUGAGUUUCCAACCGGACUUCAGAUUGAGCUUGAAGUUCGGAGCACUAUCUCAGGUUCUUCCCAGCUUAAAAUUCGGCGAGUUUCUGGCGAUCUUGGAGAGUAUGAUGCACUGUGUUACCACCUCGUCACUGCCAUGUCAGCUUAAUUUCAAUGCAAUUGUGUUUCUCAAAAUUUGGAAGCUCGUCAGACUUUAUCAGCUUGUUCCUUUGCAACAGUCAGAACACAUGUAACUGAAAACUUGGAAAUUUUUUCUAUAUUUUUGUCUGUACCUCUGUAAUUUCAAUUCAUCUGUAUUUAAAUCUCUUCCCAUGCAAGGUCGAACAAAAACUUUUAAGCAUUUUUCAUCCAAUUGACUAACUUGUAACAAGUUUCUAGCAAGUUUCAUGCAAACAAAAUAAAGCAUUUUAUCUUAAGUUUA